AACUAUGCAUAGUGUGACUUAUCAAAUGGAUUCAACGUUCAACUUUUGAUUAGAAUUCAUAAUUUCGGUUGAAUUUUCUUUGAGCGUAUUUGAAGAAUUUUGACUUUUGAGCCCCAAAAUUGAGUGGGUAAUUAAUGAUUGAAUUUCAACGCAAAAUCAACAAAUUUCUAUCAAUUUUUUUGUUUUUGAAUCAUUUGAAUAAUUUUGAGCUGUGAAAUAAUUAUUGAAUUCUGAUUUUUUUUUAGAUUUUUUGAGAAGGGCACAGGGCACGGGUGUCGUGUGACCUCAGACGUCAGACCUGUCAAAAUGGUAAACAUUUCUGUACAUUUUUUUUAGCAAGUUUGAAGAAUUUGGAGCUCCAAAAAUGAGUAAAAGAUUAAAUCUGGGUACUAGUUUUUUACUUUUUUUGAACGGGUUUGAUUUUGAAGAAAUUUUACUUUUUAGGCUCCAACCUAUCUAAUAAAUUGGAUCAUUCAUGUUGGGUAAAAAUUUGACAUGAAGUAAAAUCAUUAAUCAAAAAUGAAAUAUCAAACCUUCUAUUAGAAUUUCUUUCAUCUUUGAAGCACCUAGCACCUUUGAAGAACUACUUUCAGAUUUAAAACUAAAACUAACUAGGUCAAGCUCAAGAUCGAAUUGUGGCCUUUGUGGCACAAAGUGACAAAACUGACAAAAUAAACUAUAAAGGCCUGUUCCCUGUACUGUACAAUAGCGUCAAUAGCUGAAGGUUUUUAUGGUCACUAAAGAUGUGUUCUUUUUGCGCGGAUUUUGGCUUUGGCAGAUUUUCGAGAAUCUGGAUUUUGGCAGAUUUAUAAAUCCACAAGAAUCUGCUUGGGUAGCAGCUUUUGAAAAUGGAUUUUAAGUUUUUAAAACAUAGGAAAGGAAAAAGAACUGAGAACAGAGCGCCUCUCUUGAGUUCUGGCGUCAGUGACGCAACCGGUUUGUCCGGUUCUACUGUUCUACUAAUUACUAACUAAUUACUAAAGUAACCCGGCCGCCUUCCACUCAUAUGGGGUGUUCAGGGUGUUCUGCCUGCGUCUCCUGCGUCUUUCUCCUUUCUCCUUUGUCCUUUUAGAUUGUAUUUGGAUCUAUUUACCGAAUUAUUAUUGUUUAUAUUUAGCGUUGUUCAUUCUUUGUGAAUUUACCGUUUAUUUAAUAUAAUAUUCUUUGAAUUGUUUUUCGUAUGUUUCGUGUCAUCUAAUAUAAUAUUUCACCGACAACACUCGUAAUCAUUUUCCAGUCAACGUAAAAUUCAACAUAUACUGAGUCAAGAAUAGAAAAUGAAAAUGACCGAAAGCACCGAUCAAGUUUAUGAUCUUACUUAUCCGAGUCCUGUGACACUGAAAGAAAUUUCAGCUAUCGCAAUCGUUGCGGAAUUAUGGCGUGAAGAAAUCGCUCGUGCUGAAAUUAAGUCUUUGGAUGAAUUACAUUUAGUAAAGGAUAACAUUCUCCUGAAAAGUGUAACCCUCAAUAUUCCAUCGACGAUCUACGAUAUACUGGUCGAAUACGUCGCCAAGUUCCGCGUAUCAAUUGCUGAUUGGAUUAAGUACCAUUCCAAAGAUGUUUUAUUUGAUACUGAUUACAAUAGUCACAUCGAGCAGCUGUUGAACAAUUUCCAUGAUUUUGUAUGGGACUGGAAUGGUGCUAUUCAUUAUGUCCGAACGGCGAAACGAAUGAUGCUGUGUGAUCAGUUCACUGCUGUUGAGAAAUUCAAAAUUGCUUGUUGGUACUGCUUUGAAGAUGAUAUUGAACAAAUUUGGCCAUUUGCCAGCUUGGACAUCAAUUUGGCUCAAAUUGAUUUUUACGAUCGCCCAUUGCCGUACUACUGGAUUUGCUGUCUUCGAAACGAACUACACAAUCUACCCAAUCCUGAGGAUGAACCAAUCGAUGAGGUGAUGUUUAAUUAUCAUCUAAGUCAGGACUUUUUUGCCCGUGAGUACUUUUGGAAUCGUAUACCCCACGAAAGGCGAUCACAACCAACAGUAAUGAUGUCUUCAUCGUUCCAUUCCAGCUUAUUCGCUAGGUUCACUUUACCAAGAUUAAACGAUUUCGAACUAGAAGAAUUUCUCGCUGAAAACGGUGUUAAUUUCAUGUAUUCUCUGUUGAACUUUGCCAUAGAAAAAGUGCACGUUCUUCCUGCUUGGAUGUACAUUAGAAACAAAUUGAAUAGAAGUCAGUUCAUCCUAUUAAUCGAGAAACUGUUGGAGGCAGAGACUCGUGUGCUCACCGCUAAGGAACGAAUGAAUUCCAAUGAUGUAUAUUUAUGUUGCGAAAUAUGGAAAAAUUCUCCAGAGAAUUUGAAGCAAUGUGUAUUAAAUGAUGUAUUAUUGAAUGAAACAUUGUUCAAGAGUCCACGUAUGAGGUCAUCUGACACUAAACCUAGAGAAAUGAGAUUCUUAAUCACAGUUUUGUUGGAAGCCACUUUUGAACAAAGGCACAAAUUUUGGUGCAAAAAUUGGCGUAAUUUGAUCAAUGGUGCGCGUGUCAAAGAUCUAUUGGCAGUAAUGAAGUUGUGUUUCCGAAACGAAAACGACGUGAGCUUAUUUAAAGAGCAACAUAUGUCUAAAUACGAAAAUAUUGGCCCAUAUUGCGUCGAACUGCUAAGACUCUGUUAUUUCAAAGAAUUGCGUGUGCUUUUAUCUUUUUGUUGUUCCGACGAGCAAAAACUAAGGGAGCUGAAACAGCAAUUGCUGAGGUCUAAUUUUCUCGGUGAAAAUUCUAUUCUUAGUUAUACCAUAUGCCGUUCUUAUAAAGAGUUGAAUGCGUUGGUCGAAGAUGCUUUUGAGGACGUCGGUCUUCGUGUUGAAUUCAAAAAUCAAUUCGUUUCAUCACCUGUUACUGAACAUUAUUUUUGCGAUUAUAUUGACAGCGGCGAGUUCGAUCGUCUGAUACAAUUCGUUGAAACAUUCGCACCCGAGGAAGCUGUUCAUGUUUUGAAGCAACGUUUAUUGGAUUUUUUCAACGAGCACCUGGUCUCUGGUGUUAUAUAUGAAAUGAAAGGUGAUAAAUUACAAAAAUUUCUCGUCUGGUUGUUGGAUAGUGAAGAUGAGAUCAGUAAAUUCAAGCAGUCGUUAAAAGUAGAUGAUAUUUUUUGUAACGUAAUUCAGAAUGAGUGUGAUGAGUUUUCGGAUGAGGAGUCGGAUGGUAGUGAUGAUGGUUAUAUGAGAUAUGUGCCAUACCCUGAUAGGCUGGAUAAUUUUAUUAAUUGGUAUUUUAAUAAUAAUGCUGAAGAGAUUCGAAAAAUCAAGGAACGGUUCUCCGAUCGGUUGGAGGUGUUCGGUCCUAGCCGUUCUAGGAAAUAAUGCUAUUUCUUGAAACUUUUAAUUUUCAAAUUACUAGAAUAGAAUUAUUUUUACGUGCGAUUUUCUUAUAUGAAUACAGCAUUUUUUAAAUUUUUUUGUUUUUAUAAUACUGAUAUUUUAGUAUGUACAUACUUACUAUUAUUCACUUUGUUUUUAUGAAGUUGUAAUAAUGAUUUUAUUAUUUCAUUAAUCGUAUAGCACCUACUACCUACCUAUUAAACCAGUUGAGUUAUUGACUAGUA